AUGGAGCUAGCAUCUCCUAGCAAAAAACUUUCGGAGCUCUUGUCAGAAAGUGUUGAUGUUUUAAGCAGUACAGCACGAAGUUUAGAUAAUCCUAAACUGGACGGUGACGUUGAGAAGAACCUCGCUAAGCUACAGGCUCUGUGGCAGUUUCUGAAAGAUGUCCUGUCGUCGAAUUUUGAUGACAAGUGUAGUCCAGCAGAGUUAUUAGACAGGUUUGAGUGGAUGCAGAAGAGCAAAAAGCAGUUCUAUAUGCUUUGUCAAGAAGUUGCCGACUUCGACUCCAAGUUGGAAGAGCUGCUCAAAAUUAUAGAACACAACUUAGCUAAGGGCUCAGUUGGGGAGAAUCCAGAACUAUUAUUUGAAAGCUUCGAGGGCUGCUGGUCCAGCCUCGAGAGUUUCAAACCUGUUUUGAUAUCAUCAAAGGCGAUUUUCGAAGCAGGGUUAGAAUUUAACGAAAUACUUAACGAUCACCUUGGUUCUCUUGAUAUGCUUGUUGAUGAGAAUAUUGAAAAAUGCUCAGAAAUACGACGACACACUCCUUCAACAGAAUUCAACAGUGGUGAGUUUGAUAAGCCCAAACGAGUGAGCACAAUUCUUUUGGCAAGCGCUGACACUGGCUUUAGUACCCUUCCAAGGUUUCCGAAUGAUAACGAAGCGAUUGAUAGCUUCAUUGCAGUUGGAGAAUCGAUGAACCUUUUGGAGGGCAAUCUUAGGUUGGUGCCAAGUACCAAAAUCGAAACGUUCACGGGCAGGAAAAUUCACAAUAAAGAGUUUUUGUCAAAAAUCUUACACCAAAAACACCACACUAUUUCUCUGAAGUAUGAGACACUGGUAGCGGCGUAUGUGUCAUUAAAGAGUGACUUGGUUGAUACCAGGUGGCAGUUCAUGUUUCAGGUAUUGAACGAUUCAAUUGCUGGCGACAUUGAUCAAGUGCGGGACAUUCUUUUAGAUUCCAGUCGGACAGCGACACACAUUCAUAAUGCUAAUAGGUUACUGGCAUUAAGUUCGACAAUCGAAAAAAACUUCAAUAUCAUAUAUCAGGCGCUUUCGUAUUCAGUUCUGACGAUAGAAGUCACAGAAAAAGCCAAUGAGCUCGCCUCCCAAUGGCUCGCGCUACAAUCCGAAAUUGAUUUAUUGGACUUGAAGGAAAACUAUGAUCAAGAUAUAGCAGUGGGCCUUCGUCGGCUUUCUCUCAAAAGCACUGGGAGUGAGGAUUCCAGGCGUUCAGAGCCUCAAUCUAAGGGCGUAGGGGCUCUUUUGCUUCAAAGAAUGAACAUUAAGCCAGUAAUAAUACAAAACACGCCAACGUCAGUAGAAAAGAGGAACACCAAUUACGCGAACAAAAUGGCGCCACAGUCAGCCGCCAUUAAUCUUUAUGAAGUCCCCGUUUUGAAAUUGCCCGAAGCCUCUACCGGCAGUGGAGAAGAAAACAAGGAAAUCUCGGCUGAACUCUCGUUUCGUAAGCUACUGAGCAAAAUAUGCGUUUUCUCGGGGCGUCGUUCUGGACUUCCUAUAUACCUGGAUCGAAAUUCUGGUUACAUGAGCUCUUUGCGCACGAAAUUGAGCAGUCCUAUGAGGAUUAGACUUAAGGCUAGUAGUCAACCUUCGAUACGUCGUGGAAGAAUAGCACACUGCGUCAAGGUUACAUAA